CUCAAUAGCACGAAAUUCUCAGCCUCUUUACCUUAAAAUGCUCAUUCAGCGAGGUUUUCGACUGGCGGUACGCCAACUUGUUUCUUAUCCCUCCCAGGUCAGAUCAACCUACCACUUGCCGACCAUCUAUGCGCUUUCCACGAAGCUAGGGCGAGCUGCUAUCAGCGUGGUAAGAAUCUCUGGCUCUGAAUCCAAAUAUAUCUAUGAAAAAUUGACGGGAGCAACCACACCUCCCAAGCCGAAAACUGCCAGUGUCCGCAAAUUGUACUCACCUGAAACUGGGAUAAUGCUAGACGAAGCGUUGACGUUUUUUUUUCAGGGUCCCAAAACCUAUACCGGUGAGGACUUGCUCGAGUUGCACCUUCACGGUGGGAACGCGGUUGUGGCUGCGGUUUUGAAAGCGAUUAAACAUCUCCAUAACUCUCAGACAGACAACUAUAUCAGGUACGCGGAGAACGGUGAGUUCUCCAGACGUGCAUUCCAGAAUGGAAGGUUUGAUUUGACAGAGGUAGAGGGGAUCCGCGAGAUGAUUGACGCGGAAACAGAAAGCCAGAGAGUGGCGGCAUUGUCGUCCAUGAAGGGAGAAAACAAACAAUUGUUUUUCGGAUGGCGGGAGGAGAUUGUAAAGAAUGUGGCAUUGUUGACGACGGUUAUUGACUUUGGUGAGGAUCACGACCUCGAAGAAGUUACCGAACUCUUUGACACUGUCGAAACGAAUAUUCUGGUCUUGCAAGAUGAGAUUAAUGGCUACUUGACUCGUAUCCAGCGGUCAGAAAUCUUGUUGAAAGGUAUCAAGCUUACCCUUCUAGGGCCGCCGAACGCUGGUAAAUCGUCUCUUUUGAAUAGUAUUGCCAACCGUGAAGCUGCUAUUGUCAGUGAUAUUGCCGGCACAACCAGAGAUGUCAUUGACAUCCCGUUGGAUAUCAACGGAUACAAGGUUGUGAUCGGCGAUACAGCCGGUAUCAGGGCCAUCGGCGAGGCCGAUAAAAUUGAGGCGGAGGGAAUCAAGAGAGCGAAGAAGAAAUCUUUAGACGGAAAUUUGGUGAUAUUAGUGUUACCUAUCAAUGAGAAGUUUAUUGAUUCGUCGUUGAUAGAACAUAUAAAAGAGGUAAAGAGCGAUCAAAGAGUCAUUGUUGUGUUGAACAAAUGUGAUUUAGUCGCGGACAGAGUUGAGCGCCAACAGGCUAUCGACCACUUUAUCACAAUCUUGGGGCUACCAAAGGACUCGUUUGCUACGGUUUCAUGCUUGAGCAGUUUUGGGAUGGACGAGUUGUUGGAGAUUCUCACGCAAGAAUUCAAGUCCAUCACCUUGACCGAAGAUCACGACCCCAUCACCAUUUCCCAGCGGUCCCGUGACAUUUUUCAGAACGAUGUCCUUUUUGGUUUCAGUCAGUUCAGACAGUUUAAAGAUGAAGAAGACAUUGUGUUGGCUACAGAAGGCUUGAAACACUCGAUUGAGGGAAUAGGCAAGAUUACCGGCCAGUCUGUAGGGAUUGAAGAGGUUUUGGGGGUUGUGUUUUCAAACUUUUGCAUCGGAAAAUAACCUUACGUGGACCGCCUUGUUUACGGACUUUCUCAAUAUUGUCGCUCAAUUUAAUAGUAUAUUUCGGUUU